AUGGCUCGAUCAUCACGCCCACCCAAAGGCUUUCGUUCUUUACUCAUCAAAACCUUCACAUUUGUCACAGUCUCGAAGCAGCAAUCAAACAUAGAAAUAAUCGACCUUCGGGAUCCGUCCUUGUUCUUUAUUUAAAUCACUUCCAUUUAUCGAGUUUGUUAGUCUUAGAGAAGAAACUAAGAGAAAAAUGGUGAUGGCUUUGAAUCAGAUCGUAGUUUCGUCUUCUUCUUACGCCUAUCGUCCUCGUCAAGCUCGUGGAUCCAGAUCUUCCAUUGCUUCUUCGAUUCGUUCCGCUACUACAGAGGUUACCAACGGAAGGAAGCUCUACAUCCCUCCACGAGAAGUGCAUGUCCAAGUUAAACACUCCAUGCCGCCACAAAAACUCGAGAUCUUCAAAUCCUUGGAAGGAUGGGCUGAUGAGACACUCUUGACCUACUUAAAACCCGUCGAGAAGUCGUGGCAGCCGACUGAUUUUCUCCCGGAAGCUGAGUCGGAAGGGUUCUACGACCAAGUCAAGGAGCUGAGGGAACGGUGUAAGGAGCUUCCCGACGAGUAUUUCGUGGUGCUUGUUGGUGAUAUGAUCACUGAAGAAGCGCUUCCGACUUACCAGACCAUGUUGAACACGUUGGAUGGUGUUAGGGAUGAGACGGGAGCUAGUCCUACUCCUUGGGCGGUGUGGACUAGGGCGUGGACUGCUGAAGAGAAUAGGCAUGGGGAUUUGCUUAACAAGUAUCUUUAUUUGUCUGGGAGAGUUGACAUGAGGCAGAUUGAGAAGACUAUUCAGUACCUUAUUGGCUCUGGAAUGGAUCCAAAAACUGAAAACAACCCUUACUUGGGUUUCAUCUACACAUCCUUUCAAGAAAGAGCGACCUUCAUCUCCCACGGAAACACUGCCAGACAUGCGAAAGAUCUUGGAGAUUUGAAACUUGCGCAGAUAUGCGGGACCAUUGCUGCUGACGAGAAGCGCCACGAGACUGCUUACACCAAGAUUGUGGAGAAGCUCUUCGAAAUCGACGCUGAUGGCACCAUCUUGGGAUUGGCUGAUAUGAUGAAGAAAAAGAUCUCGAUGCCUGCGCAUUUGAUGUAUGAUGGACAAGAUGAUAACCUGUUUGAGCACUUCUCGACCGUUGCACAGAGGCUCGGUGUUUACACCGCCAAGGACUAUGCUGAUAUUCUGGAGUUUCUUGUUGAACGGUGGAACGUUGAGACUUUGUCAGGCCUUUCUAGUGAAGGACACAAGGCUCAGGACUUUGUCUGCGGACUACCUGCAAGGAUCCGCAAGAUUGAAGAGAGAGCUCAAGGAAGAGCCAAAGAAGCAGCCAAAAACGUACCGCUCAGCUGGAUUUUUGGUCGAGAGAUUAGGGCUUAAGUAAACAUCUCUCUUCCAAAUGAUCCCUGAGUAAGCCAUAGACUUCUUCACCGAUGACGUACCAGUCUUAAGACAAGUCAGAGUUCAUUUCAAUAUGUUUUGUUUUAUACAGAACAUUGUAGAUAAGGUUAUGUUUCUUGUUUGAAUUAGUCGAAGACCAUAAAAUGCUGUUUUGAGUGUUCCUAGAGAUAAUGUCUGGUUACCAAGAACAAAGACUUUUAAGAGUUUGGUUUUCUAUUUUCGA